AGCCCCGCACCAAUACUUCCGCCCUCUCCUCCUCGUCCCUGUCCUGUCUCUUCCCCUGUUCAUCCUUGCUGCAGCACUUUGUCUCGUUUCUUGUAAUCAAUUGACGCAACAAUGGCCGAGGGAAGCAACUACGAUUACUUGUUCAAGGUCGUCCUGAUUGGAGACUCUGGUGUCGGAAAAUCCAACCUGCUCUCGCGGUUCACGCGCAACGAAUUCAACCUCGAGACAAAGUCGACCAUCGGCGUCGAGUUCGCGACCCGAUCGAUAAACGUCAACGGCAAGGUCGUCAAGGCGCAGAUCUGGGAUACCGCGGGCCAGGAGCGCUACCGCGCCAUCACAGCAGCCUACUACCGCGGCGCCGUCGGCGCGCUCCUCGUCUACGAUAUCUCCAAGCACGCGACCUACGUCGACGUCACGCGCUGGCUCAAGGAGCUGCGCGACCACGCGGACUCAAACAUCGUCAUCAUGCUCGUCGGCAACAAGAGCGACUUGAAGCAUCUGCGCGCGGUGCCCACCGAGGAGGCGAAGGCGUUCGCCGCGGAGAACGGCCUGUCGUUCAUCGAGACUUCGGCGCUGGACGCCUCGAACGUCGAGGCAGCCUUCCAAACCAUCCUCACCGACAUCUACCGCAUCGUUUCAAGUAAAUCGCUCGAGCAGUCCGCAGAUGCCAUCAAGGCCCCCACAGGGGACACCAUCACCGUCACGCCCAGCGUCGACACCACCCAGCAGCAGGGCGGCAAGUGCUGCUAAGCGCGUUAGACAGCGGAGGGAGAUGUGGAUAAUUUGGUUGUAAUAGCUUGGGCCAGCAGGACUGCAGCUACGGUAUGUUCUAUGUGGAUCAGACACAUGGUUCGUUGUAUAUAGGCUAUGCUAUGUUGCGAUUCUACUGUAAUAAAUUUGGUAUUCUUUGGACA